UAUAUAUGGAGAGAGAGUUAUUUCAGUUAAAAGCCUUUUUUUUAUUAGUAUAAAAUUAAGUACUCAUUUAUACACCCAGGAUAAUGGGAAUUUUCUCUACACUACUAAAGCUCAGUAUCCACCGAAUUACACAUCUUACAAAUUUACAAAUAGGCCUACACACACAAAAAUAUCCAUUGUCCCCCCCCACACACACAACUUUUUUUCCCAGACAAAUUCCUGUUAUUCCUAGGUUUCCCCUAACCGUGGGAAUCCUGUUAAUUCCAAAAGAGAAUUCCCCUCCGCGCGGAGCGCCACAGCGUCUCUUGUAAACACCGCGGCUCUCGCGAGAUUUCCUCGCGCCGCGCAGCACGCGCAGGAGCGUCUAUGGAGCAGUGAAGCAGGCGGGAGACGGAGCGACCGAGCCCGGCGCGGACUGGAGCAGGAGACGCGGGGUGAGCGAGGGUAACCUGCCUGUGACGUCGCUGCUGUGGCGUGUCUGAGCAGCGGCUCUCGGGGCGUGCUUCUCCGAUUAUCCCGUCCGUCCGCGCUCCAUUCGAGCCUGUAAGGAGGACGCGCACGUACUCAGGGAGGCGAGGGAAGCCCAUUGGUCUCCCUACCGACGCCAGCGCCAGGCUGAGUCACUGUCGAGGAGUGGGAAGAUCUAGAGAGAGAGGGAGACAGCAUCACGGAGAGAGCGCGCGAGAGAAAAGCAACGGAAGGAGGGGAAAACCGCUACACAACGCCUUUGAGAGAGAAGCGAGAGAGAGAGAGAGAGAGAGAGGCAGCCAGCGAGAACGACGGAAAGAGAGAGACAGAGCGCAGCAGUGAGGGAGGGAGAGAGACGCUGAGGCUGGGAGAGCUGACCCCCCUCCCCUCUCCUCUCCUCUCCUCUCCUCUCCUCCUUCCCCCCCCUCCUCACUCCUUCAGGAGCUGGUGUGUAGGAGCGGCGUGUACAGUGUGACUGAGGCAACAUGAGCGAUGUCACCAUCGUUAAGGAAGGCUGGGUCCAGAAGAGAGGUGAAUAUAUUAAGAAUUGGAGACCUCGCUACUUCCUGCUAAAAACCGAUGGGUCCUUUAUCGGAUACAAGGAGAAGCCACAGGAUGCAGAUCUUCCCUACCCUCUCAAUAACUUCUCUGUUGCAAAAUGCCAGCUGAUGAAAACUGAACGACCAAAGCCGAACACUUUUAUUAUUAGAUGUCUACAAUGGACUACAGUCAUAGAGAGGACCUUCCACGUGGACACGCUAGAAGAGAGGGAUGAGUGGGCAGAGGCGAUCCAGAUGGUGGCAGAUAAACUCCAAAGACAGGAAGAGGAACGUAUCCAGUGUAGUCCCACCUCACAGAUAGACAACAUGGGAGAAGAGGAGAUGGACACGUCCAUCAGCCAUCACAAACGCAAGACAAUGAAUGACUUUGACUACUUAAAAUUAUUGGGAAAAGGCACUUUUGGAAAAGUCAUUCUCGUUCGGGAGAAGGCCAGCGGGAAAUAUUAUGCAAUGAAAAUUUUAAAGAAAGAGGUUAUUAUAGCCAAGGACGAAGUGGCCCACACGCUCACGGAAAGCAGAGUCCUAAAAAACACGAGACAUCCUUUUUUAACCUCUUUGAAGUACUCGUUCCAAACAAAAGACCGCCUAUGCUUCGUGAUGGAGUAUGUCAAUGGAGGAGAGCUGUUUUUCCAUUUGUCGAGAGAACGGGUGUUCUCCGAGGACCGCACGCGCUUCUACGGCGCCGAGAUCGUUUCCGCCCUCGACUACCUGCACUCUGCCAAGAUCGUGUACCGGGAUCUCAAGCUGGAGAACUUAAUGCUUGAUAAAGACGGUCACAUCAAAAUUACAGACUUUGGCCUCUGCAAGGAAGGAAUCACUGAUGCUGCUACCAUGAAGACCUUCUGUGGGACGCCAGAGUAUCUGGCACCAGAGGUGCUGGAGGACAAUGAUUACGGCCGUGCGGUGGAUUGGUGGGGUCUCGGGGUGGUCAUGUAUGAGAUGAUGUGUGGCCGACUGCCUUUCUACAAUCAAGACCAUGAGAAGCUUUUUGAGCUCAUCCUCAUGGAGGACAUCAAGUUCCCCAGGACCCUCUCUGCUGAUGCCAAGUCUCUACUGUCAGGCCUGCUCAUCAAAGAUCCCAAUAAGAGACUUGGCGGAGGUCCAGAUGAUGCUAAAGAAAUUAUGCGACAUAGUUUCUUUACUGGAAUUGACUGGCAGGAUGUCUAUGAUAAAAAGCUGAUACCUCCCUUCAAGCCUCAGGUGUCGUCAGAGACGGAUACCAGAUAUUUCGAUGAAGAGUUCACAGCUCAGACGAUUACAAUAACCCCUCCUGAAAAAUUCGAUGAAGAUGGGAUGGACUGCAUGGACAACGAGCGACGGCCACACUUCCCCCAGUUCUCCUACUCCGCCAGCGGGAGAGAGUGAGCGCCACGCAGCCGACACUGCCUCAUCCUCAUCAAGGUUACCACUGGAACAAAUUAGGUCUUCAGCUUCUAACAGCCCCGGCCCAUUUUGACCCUUCAUCGUCCAUCUUGGUUCUUUCAUUUGUUUAGCUAGACCAAGGGAAACUUCUGAUUUAGGGUAAUGAGAAUUUGCACGUCGGGUCGGACCGAGGUCCAGCCCGCUCAAACGUCCUCACAGCUCCAGCCCAAAGGUUGGGUCGCGAUGGGAGAACUUUUGCUGUUUGUGUUUAUUGUGUUUCUCUCUUUGAUUUGAGAUGUUGCUCCACAUUCCUUAUUCGGUGGGAACUAGUACGAAGGACACAUCCAUUAGUUCAGAUAAAUCCAUAUAACUGCAUGGCUAGAGAUUCACAUGGGUUUCUGGGCGAUUCUGGGUACACUUAGUAUAGCUACUCCAAACCACUCCAGUCUCAGCUGCUUCUGUUCUUACUGUUUUUAAGGUUCACCUUCUGUCAAAACUGCCAUAAACGGUUUACUCAGGCUUCACAGAGGACGUCUGUGUUCAGGACUAGCUUUACCCCCCCCCCAUCGAUCCACAACCUAGUAUUCCUCCGUACAAAGCCCUGUGAACCUGAGCUAUGCAGCGCUAAACUCUGACUAAAACUACCCGUUAGAAAUGCUCACUCAAACGUAUUGACCGAAGGCUUUAUUUCUGACAUAUCGUUCCCUGGGAAAAAUGGCACGUUUGACGGAUGCGGGGUGUUUUAUUCAGCGAUACACAACUGUGAUGUACAGUUGACGAUCAGAUGAAAUUCCCCCAAAGACCAAACUGUUUUCGAACAGUCGUGAGAAAGCCUCAACCCUCAAUAGUUCAGUCAUCAUGUAACCGUAACAAAAAAUAAGCCAGCAUUAAUUAAAAGGAAGCACUUUUUCUCAAUCACAUUUUUUGCUAUAAAAUGUAUUUAUUUUUUUCUUUUUGUUUGUUUGUCCUUGCGUUUAUUAAGAGUGCUUUCUGAAUUUUUCUUUUUUUUUUGAAUGAAAUAAAUGCACCUAAAAAGGCUUACGAAUGUAGAUGGGUCACUGCAAAGGCCUUUGUUUCUUCUUAUUUUAUUUUCCCUGAACUGUUUUCUUAGUACCCCAAUGUAGUGUUGUUCUUUUUUUUUCUUCCCCAAAGGAAUUUGACUUUCUUCCUCAACAUUGUGAGCAGUCUGAUGUUGAAACGUGUCGCUUGUCUUUCCACCAAUGAAAGGGCUGUAAAAGACCAUACUGAUUCAUUCAGAUGGGUCAACGUUAAUGUUAAAGUUUGUAACAGAGCAGGACACGCGUCCCAUUGUGCUUUGCUUGACCUUUUAACGAGCAUUUAAAUAAGACGCGGCACAUAGGCAGGACUGUGAACAUUAACGAAUGAGUGCUAAUGUGCUUCGCUACAUCUAAUAUCAUGUUCACGUUCCUUCUUAAAAUACCCCCGAUCCGAUGUUAGCGUACAAAUCCUUCGAUGAACAUUGAGAUGCUAGGAUGUCUAUGAGUUAGGAGCGAAAAAUGUUUCUGGUGGUUACAGACUGGAUGAAGCUUGAUGAGAUGAGUUGAAACGGACAGUGUUUUUUAAACGGGAUCAAAGGGAAAUAUCUGGAUUAUUGAGUAAUAAUUUGAUAUAUGCAGUACAUUUCCUGAUAGUGUUUGGCAAUAAAACCUGCUGUGUGUCUGUGGUGUUUGUUUUCUGAGUGUAAAGAUGGAUCUUGUGCAUGUUGUUGUUGCGUUCAGCGUGUCAGUUUAAUUUGGGCAGGAACGGCAAAAUCUUUCGUUCGUUUUUUGCCUUGGCUCUUUUUUGAGUGCGGCCACGAGGUAUGAGGUUGAGGUGAGAAUACGGACAUUAGCGAAGAGAGGAAGUGAUACGCGAGGAAGGAGCGAGUCUGGACUGUAUGAACUGUAUAUGAAACGCGACGUAGAACAAGGUCCGUUAGAGCGGGACGUCUGAACUGGGAUUUCUUGCACGUUAGCCGAAGACCGACACGGAUUUGAUGACGGCCGGUUUAAGGAUGAUUCAGAAAGUUUCUGUCCACCUCCCUCACGCCAAACUGAGCUUUCCGCCAAAAUGCCUGCGUUGAUUGUGAGCAUUGUGAAUUGUCCAAUGGUGUAAUGUGAGAUGCCGUAGCAUGGUACUGUUGCUCUAUUGCCAGAUUUGAUUUCAGUCGAUCUUGAGGAUGUUCUUGCGUUCAAACUGUGACGUCCAGCCCAGUAAUGUUUUCUGACAGCACAGCCGUGGUACUGCGGGAAGAUUCGCUGUUUGUGUCAUUCCGUCUUCCGACUUGCACGUUUUCCUUUCGACCAUUCAUUGUCUUUUUUCCCCCCAUUCCUUUUUCUCCUUUUAUUUAUUUAUUGUUUUUGAGAAAGCGAGACGAAACGUUAAAGAACUACCUGAUUUAAUUUAAUGGGCUUACACUGCUGACUGUUUAGUUUUUUUGGGGGGGGGUGUUCGAUUCUGUUUUAUGAAUUUUUUUUUAUUUAUAAGUGAAUAACUUGAAUAUUUUUCAACUAUUUGUGUCUUGUUUUACAUUUUCCGGUUAGGUUUCGAGUAGGGAGAAGCAAGCACUCGUUUUGUAUUUUUCUUUGCUCCUUUGUUUUUGCUUUUUCACUUCAGAUUUGUGAUUGUACGGAUUGUACUUGGUAGGAUUGUUCGAUCAUACUGUGACGCCGUUCGUCCAUUUCAUUUAUUUUAAAUAUGCACUUGUGAGGGACCAAAGGGUUCUCCUCAAAAUACAUGGAGAGGCAGAGAAUGGUGAUGUUCAUUGGGGCGGUAACUUGCAUGUGAUUUUACUUUAUUUAAACAGCAGAAGGGCCUUUGGCUUUGUCCAAAUCAAUCAUACACUUUUGUAAUUCCAUAUUUUAACACUUGGCUUUGUAUCUGCCUGUAGUAGCACUUUCAUACCCAUUGCUCUUUUUAUAUAGCUCAGCAUAAGAAAAAAGGGUCCUUGCUUUGGAAAAAAAAAAGAAAGAAAAUAAGACGAGAGGAAAAAAAAAAACUUGAAAGCACAGAUUUCGCCCCCUCAUGGACCUCAUGCUACUUUACUUUUCCUGAGUGAUUGUGCUCUGUAAUAUGUAACGGUGUGGAUGCGGAUAGACCUGAAAUGCUGCCAGGAGACACAAGCUUUGCCUGGUGACACAGACAGACUAACAUUUCCCAAGAUUCCCCUAAUGCUCUAGUGUUGUAGAAAAGUCGAGCUGUGCUGUUGUCACCACUUCAGAGUUUCAGGACAGUAAAAACACACGUAAGCCCAAGCUAAAGUCCUAAUUCCCUGAAUACUGAACUAGUGUGAGGAAGGGACCCAUGGAGACAUGGGCGGCACGGGCUCCAUCCCUCCUAAGCGCACAUCCGUGUGCACACUGCUGCUACUGUUUGUACUGUCUACAACAGACUUUCUCUAUAUCGCGCUCCUGGUAGUGUAUUAUGAAUGAGCAUGAAUUGUAAAGUAUUUAUUUAAAAACGAAAAAAAAAGACGAAUCUUUAAAAAAAAAAAAGAAACAAAAAAAGAAACAUUUUAUGUCCAUGUAGCUUUAGAGUUUGUGACAUUUCUUGACCUUGCUAGCUCUGUCAUUAGAUCCAUGUUAAGAACUAGUCAUGUGUUAAGAAUUUUACAUGGAAGGGAUUAACACGGAAAAUAAAAAAUAAAGAACUGUAUUACCAUUCAUCAUAAAAAAAAAACAAAAACGAAAAAACAAAGUUUAUUUCCUUGAAUACAGUAUAGGGGCCCACGUGGAUGCGGAAAGCUUAUCUGCAAGAAACUGUUUUUGUACACUGUACAUCCUAGUAUUUUUACACGUAAAUGUAUAUGAUAGGGAUGCACAUUAUUUUCCUUCUUACAGACUGCUUAAAUAAAGCACUAUGUCAAUCUGC